AUGCCUCUGUCCAAUCGCCGUCGCGCGCGGCGCAAGGAAAUUCAACUCCAGGAAACGUCGGAUGUGGAGGCGCCGGAUUCUUCGCCGACUCGGCCUUCGAAUAAGAAGCGCAAGGUCGAGCGGACUUCCCCUCAUCCUCGUCCCAUCAAAACAGCAGAGUCGGCCGACGAAGCCGACGACUCGUCCCCGGAGCAUGAUCUGUCGGAAAACCAGGACCUGGUGGACAUGGUCAUCUCGUACCUUGAUGCGGCCCGUGAAGAAGUCCGUGUCCUGCGCGACCACUCCAAUGCGAAGACCGAAAACAAGCAGAGCAUCCGGGCGUAUGCGAAGAUCGCCGGCCGCAACUGGACCUACUACGUCAAAACCCUCCAUGUGAACAUUGGCCGCGAACCCGACCGCGAACAGAAGCUGGACGAACAGUCCAGUCCCGUCACCAUCGCCGCGCGGGCCCUGCCGGAAGUCAACGUGGAUCUGGGGCCGAGCAAGUUCGUGUCGCGCCUGCAUGCGGAAAUCUUCUACGACGGCGAAGAGACGGCUUCCUGGCAUAUCCGUGUGAACGGUCGCAACGGCGUUCGACUGAACAAUGGCAUCCUCAAGCGCGGAACCGAUACCAUCCUGUCCUGCGGUGAUAUUAUCGAGAUUGCGAACACGCAGAUGAUGUUUGUGACGCCCGGUGACAAGGCCAACAUCCACCCCAGCUUCAUCGAUCGAGCGCAACGCCUGGCCAACGGCGAGGAUGAUCCCGGCACCUGGGAUGCUUCGCAGCAUGCGCACCCCCAGACCACACCCAGGUCGACCAACCACGACGCCGCGCCCGCGCCCUCCACCGGUCAACCCUCACUGGCCCCCGCCCCUCAGUUCCUCAAACGCCAGGUGACACCACCGCCUCGGUCGCCAGACACCGUGGGCGCGCGAACGGCGAAGCAGUCCCCGCUAUACAACCGCGGCAUGAUGAUGGAGAGUACGGAGGAAAUAGACUACAGCAAGGAUUCGGCCAAGGAUCUGAAACCACCCUUCAGCUACGCGACGCUGAUCGCUCAGGCGAUUUUCUCGAGUGAGGAGGAGAAACUCACGCUAAACAGUAUCUACAAUUGGAUUAUGGACAAGUACGCGUUCUAUCGUCAUUCGCAGAGUGGCUGGCAGAACUCGAUUCGACAUAACCUUUCACUCAACAAAGCCUUCCAGAAGGUGCCUCGCCGUACCGACGAGCCCGGGAAAGGAAUGAAGUGGCAGAUUGCGCCGGAAUAUCGCGAGGAGUAUUACAAGAAGCAACUUCGCAAGGGUCCGCAGUCGUCAGCUCCGUCGUCACCAGCCACCAAGGAACCUCCUAGCUCGCGCGCCCACAACGGCGUGGAGAGUAUCUUCGCCGGCAAAAAGUCUCCUCCCGUCUCCUCUCCCGGAUUUAGCUCGUUCCCCGUGGCCCCCGUCGAGGCCUACACUCCGGAACGGGGCUCGCGGGCAAGUCGGAACGGUCGUCAGGAGCAUUCUCUACGGCCACCCAACACGCGGGACUACGAGGAGCCCUCGCCAUUGCCCACGCGAACCACCGCCAAGCAGCACAACGGCACCAGUCUGAGUCGGUCAUACGGACUGUCCGACAACGUGGCCGGGUCUCCGCCCGUGCUGUCGUCGUCGUACUACGACGAAGGACCGUCGUCCAUGAUCACCCCGGCACCGCAGCGUCAGCAACCCCGUCUUCCUCCUCCCAGCACGGCCCAGAUCCCGUCCAAGUUCAUGCCGAUGAGCUCGCCCGCGCAGUUCUGGAAAUUUGCGGAUAUCGGUAGCACGCCAGCGCGGCCCGUGCCCGAUAUGAGUCCUCUGAAAGGCGAUCCGGGAGACGGACUGGGCAGCAUCCCCAGCAGCAGUCCGCCGCCGCCGAAUUUGGCCAGUCCCAGCAAACCGGGCACCUCCAACGGCCUUGGCCAUGGACGAGCGCGGCGAUCUGUCGACGGCGACGAGACCCCUCGGCCUGGAAUGAAUGGUGGGGUCCGAGAACGACCUCCGGGACCGGACGAAGACGAGGAGGAGGACGAUAAUGCAGGAUUUGAUCUCGCAAGAGGGUUCCAACCUAUUGGCUCGUACCAUCGACAAUUAAGUAGUGCUGCUCGAGCCAGCGCAGCCACAUCUUGA